GUCGGCUGUCUUUUUGUUCUCUUGCCAUUGUUCUUCAGCUCGAACAACAUGUUGCGCCGCCAGCAUUUGCUAUUUCUUGAAUGUGAACAACGACAUUGCCUUCCUAGGCUCUGCACAACACUUACCUUACGACCGCCAUGACUUCAGAGACACCCAUCUUUCAUUUUCGACACUCGCCAGACGAUCGCUAUCCUAACUUCUUCUCCAGAGAUCCUAACCUCUCUAUAGCUAUUCCACCGCAAGACUUUCCAGUUGAAACCUCACGCUUUUCACCCGAAUCGCCACCGCUUCCGCCUGUUCCUUCGCGUGCUGGAUCGAUGUGGACGAAUGCGACUACAAUGAGGUCGCCCACGCCCAAAGCAAAGGACGUGGAAGCAAACAGACCUCGGUCUCCCCAGAGAUCACCAUCUAGCCCAAGUUCUAGAUUUCGCGCACGCUUUACGAAGUUAUUCUUUGAUGUCAGGACACUUAUGAAGGACAGGGACGCGGAACUGGUCCCUAUUCAGCCCGCGCAUCUACCUCCCUGGCAGCCGCUUAACGUAGAGAAACGAUCCUGUUGUCAAGAUUGCCUAUGCCAUCGCCCGAAGGAACGGUCACGACGCUACAAGCUGCUCAUUUGCUUACUGGUGAUCAUUAUCCUAUAUCUUCUGGGCAAUGUGUCAUUCCUCAACGCUCGCGUCAUUAAAUUGUCUUCUUCGUCCACGUCGACAGACAAACGUACCGCUUCGACAUCGAAGACGUUAUCUGCAGACGCUCAGGAGUGUCUGUCGCAGUAUAACGUCAAUGCGCCUUCUGAUCCAUCUGGCUACCCUUGCUCAUCAUGUCUUCCUGUAUUGCAAAGCGUUCCCUCCGACUUCUCAGACGGAAAUGCCACGGAUACUGAGCAAAUCCAGAACGCUACUCAAUUCUGUGGUUUACGUGCAUUCUUUGAGAGUAUGGAUAAUGAUGGACAGGCAGCAUUGCAGAACGGGCAGUGGGUGGAGAACAUGAGAUUCUGUGCUUGGGGUGGCGUUUCGUGCGACGGAGCAGGUCGAGUUGGCGCAUUGACGCUGAGCUUCCCUGCCGUUCCCGCUACUUUGCCCAACGAGAUUGGUGCACUGACUGGUCUCACAAGCUUGCACGUUAUCGGCAACAGUAAUAUACCUGGUGGUUCUCUUCCCAGUUCAUUCACCUCGCUGAAAUCAAUGACGUUGCUUCACCUGGAGUCGACUGCAAUUACUGCGUUACCCGAUAACGUAUUCUCAUCGCUCGAUCAAGUAACCACUGUGGAAUUGGUCAAGAACGGCCAGAUGGGCAAUGAUUUGCCUUCUAGCGUUACUAGCCUGCCCCUCCAGAACUUAAUCGUCAACGGACAGAACCUCAAUAAUCCCCUCCAAACUCUUUCGUCAAGCUCUUCUUUGCAAAGGUCCCUACAGUUGCUGUUCGUCUUUCUUUCCUUAUAUUCGAUCGCUUUACUGACCUUCGUCUUUGCAGUGACCUCUCCUCCACAUCUCUCUCGGGCAGCAUUCCAUCUUCCAUAUCCUCGUUUUCCGCUCUAGUCGAACUUCACCUCGACUCCAAUAAUCUCACAAACCCUCUUCCUUCAUCUUUCCCAUCCUCAUUGGGCGCCUUGACGUUGUCGAACAACUCGGGGCUUUCAGGCUCCGUACAGGGAUCAUUCUGCUCUCUGGGGAAGUUGCAGAAUUGUGAGAUGACUGGAACAGGGUUGACGGCCGCUGGCGGCUGUGGAGUUUGUAGAUUCUCUUGAAUCUUUGAAGAACUUUCCUUUCUAUGCUCCUUGAACCCUUCACUGUAUUUCGUUCUGACCUUCCACUGUUGUUUUAUGCUCGUUACGCUCCGGACGAUGAUACCUUUGUAGCAAAUAGCUUUUCCCAUCACGAAGUAUUUAUGCCCUCAUGACUACAUAUACAAUAUCGUAAAUAGUCGGUUGCUUGCCUAGUGGACAGCGAAUAUUUCACCAGUCAAUAUACAUACAAUAUUCAAUACUUACUUUACUCCUUCCC